AUGGAGGCGGCCGGCCGAGGCUCCCCCUGCCCGGCUCUGCGCGCCCCUCUUUGGCCGCGGCUCUGCUGCCUCCUGCUCCUGCUCCCGCGGCCGGGCAGCGGCACCUGGAGCCGCGCGGGGCUGCAAUUCGCCUCCCGCAGAAACUGGUGUCCCCACAUGGUCAUCAAGACGGUUUCCUGUCACAUCCAAAAUGGCACCUAUCUCCAGAGAGUUUUCCAGAAUUGUCGCUGGCCUAUGAGCUGUUCGGGGGGCAGCUACAGGACGGUGAUCCGACCGACGUACAGACAGGCGUAUAAGACGGUCACAGCGCUGGAGUGGAAAUGUUGCCCUGGGCAUACGGGAGUCAACUGCGAAGCAGAAACCGUCAGUUACCAGGAUGUUCCAGGGGCCACACACGGGAUCCCGGCUCUGAGCAGAGUGCCCGUUCGACCUGCAACGUAUUCCGGUUGUUUCAACUGCACCAAAUUCUCCGAGCUUUUGGAAAAAGUCAACCUCCUGGAAGCCAAGGUAGCUACGUUCACGGCAGCUGGAUCCGGACCCUCGGCCGUAUCUCGACGAUGCUCUACGGGCGAUACGGCCCCCAACCCUUUAAAUCUGUGGGACCCUCAGGGCACGCCAGGAAAACCCGGAGAAGAACACGGGACAGGAAGAUUGGCUUCUCAAGGACCAGCGGGCCCCGUAGGGCCCAAGGGUGACGCUGGGAUUCGGGGCCCUUCGGGCAUUCCUGGGGUCAAGGGCCCCGUUGGACCACAGGGUCCUCCAGGUCCACCUGGCCCACCAGGACGAGAUGGAGGAAGGGGCUUUCCUGGUGAGAAGGGUCUCCCUGGACCUCCUGGACCACCGGGACCACCAGCCCCAGUCGGUCCCCAAAUUUCACCCAUCCCAGAUCAAAGGGAUCUGCUUCUCUCCAACUCCUUCACUGAAACUGCUAUAACUGGUCCAAUUGGACCUCCAGGACUUCCGGGCCCAAUUGGUCCCCCAGGACCCACUGGAAAACCAGGUUCUCCAGGGCGUGAUGGCGAAGUUGGUCCCAAGGGUGACCCAGGCGAGAAGGGGUCCUGGGCCAUUAGCUUGCCAAGCUUCCUAGAACAGCAAGCCCAGCUGGAGCUCCUGGCUAGGAGAGUCACCUUGCUGGAAGCUAUCAUCUGGCCAGAACCAGAUCUGGGAUCCGGGCUUGAUCCCGCCACUACGGGGGUCCCCGGCUACGAUCGGAGUAAGCGCAACGAGAACUUGGCGGCCUACCAGGUGAGCUCGCACCGUCCUCCUCACAAGGGAGAGGAGAGGAAGAAAUGA